UCUGUGUGUAGGGUGAGGAGGCACCAAUUAAAAUUAAUUUCAAACGUCGGCGAACGAAAGUACAUGCCCUUGGUUAUCUUGUGUUUUGGAAAAUCAUGUAAUGUGGACCCUCGGUGGAUGGUCGCGCAUCGAUGACGCACAAGUAAAGCGUCACAACGUCUCCCGGAAGAGACAGAGCGGAUGUUUUCACGUGGAGGGUUCGUAGACUGCAACUUCUUGCUUUAAGCAUGUGUGUCUGCAAUGUAUGCAGUGAGACGGUCCCCAAAUAUCGAUGCCCGACUUGUAAGAUCAGAUACUGCUCAGUGAUUUGUUAUAAGAAACAUAAAGAUGGCUGUUUGCCUGUGGAGGAGACUCCGCCCGCAGUGUUACCCAAACCUGGCGGGUCGUGGCGUAGAGAUGGUGACUGGACUGUGGAAGAUCUCGUCGAUGAAGAGGAUGAGUCAGACAAAGUUCCAUUAGAAAGACUAAAAAAACUGGGUGAAUCAGAAGAACUCAAAGCCCUGCUACAUAAUGCCCACCUUAGGAGGCUUUUGCUCGCUGUGGAUGGAGCAGAGAACAAGGCGGACAUCAUGAAAGUCGCGAUGCAGGAGCCUCUGUUUAUGGAGUUUGCUGAUCAGUGCUUGAGGAUUGCAGAGCCAAUGGAAUUUGAGGACUUCUGAGACUGACCAAUCAAAUGUCAGUAGUUGGUGGUGGGAGUUUUCCUCUGGUUCCGAACUGUAAAUAGAUUGUAUCCAGUGCAUCAUUUUAAGGUGCUUUUAUUGAAUCAAGCUGAAUACCUUUUGUUGAAUGCUGUGCUUUGCCCAAAGCCAUUUUAAUAAAGCUAAUUGAAUGUUA